GAAAAUGACCAUUGAUGAUUUAUGGCAAAAUUAAAAGGUAGAAUGGUGUAAAAACAUCUUUCAAACAUUCUUGAUCCUUUUUCGGUAUAGUAUAGAUUAGCUUGAAUCACACCAUUUUUUUUUCGCAAUUAUUUCUAUUUUCUUGAUUAUUUUUUUCUUGGCUGCAUAUGUAGUUAAUUAAUGCUAUAUUUUUCAUCCUACCAUGUUAAAACAUGCAUGUCAAAUCUAUAUUGCAUUUGUUGUAAGUUGGAAAUUAAAGACAUCAUAUGUUUAUGCAAUAAAUGCAGAGAAAACUUAUUUAUACAAUUAUUGUAUUGUAUUAAUACCAAUAAAUUUUAGUUGUGAAUUUUCUACCGAUCUAUCUUCUUCAUUUAUUUCUUUUCAAUUUUUUUUUUAUCGAAAUAUCUUAAGAAAGAAGGAGUCUCAUAAUUUAAGGAGAGCCUAAAAGUACAUUCUUGGCACAUUAAUAUUACAAUUUAGAGGGAGUCUAAGUUAUCUUAAGAGAGAGUUUCAUAUCUAAAGUGAGCUAAAAGUGAUUAAAUAGUUGAGGAGUUACUAAUUGUAUAACUAUAAUAUAUAAACCAACAAAUUUUGAUUUGAUUUUUUAAAUCCGAGUAAAAAGGUUAAACAAAUAAUAAUAAUAAUUAAAAAAAAAAAGUUGACCAUUGGACCAAAAUAAUUAAUUAAUGACCUACACACAUUUUCAUUUUAAAAUUUGUGAAUUAGAAGAGAAAAGAAAGGUAAGCAUAUGGUUAAAAUAAUAGGAACGUGGAAGGUGCCAACGUAAGCGAUAUAUAUAAUUUAACAGGAAGGUUCGUGUUACACCACCGGCGUCGUUAAAUUAACCCAACCAAACAACGGAUAAACAAAACAAAACCACAUCAAUGGACAAAAUCCAGCACUCAACCAUCUCUACCAAUGGCAUUAACAUCCACUUCGCUUCCAUUGGCUCAGGUCCCGUCGUCCUAUUCCUCCACGGCUUCCCCGAGCUCUGGUACUCAUGGCGCCACCAGCUUCUCUUUCUCGCUUCCAAGGGCUUCCGAGCCAUUGCUCCUGACCUCCGCGGCUUCGGCGACUCCGAUGCCCCGCCCUCUCCCUCCUCCUAUACCCCUCACCACAUCGUUGGCGACCUUAUUGGCCUUCUCGAUCAUCUCGGAAUCGAUCAAGUUUUUUUGGUUGGCCACGAUUGGGGCGCUAUGAUGGCCUGGUACUUUUGCCUUUUCAGGCCAGAUCGAGUCAAGGCUUUAGUCAACUUGAGUGUUCAUUACACUCCUCGUAAUCCCGCGGGCUCGCCUCUUGCCGUUACCCGACGGUACCUGGGCGAUGAUUUCUACAUUUGUAAAUUUCAGGAACCUGGAGUAGCGGAAGCCGAUUUUGGAUCUGUAGAUACGGCUACGAUGAUGAAGAAAUUCCUGACGAUGAGAGAUCCACGCCCUGCGAUUAUACCUAACGGAUUCAAAACACUGCUGGAGACUCCAGAAAUCUUACCUUCGUGGUUAACAGAGGAAGAUAUUGAGUAUUUCGCCUCCAAAUUCUCCAAAACUGGCUUCACCGGCGGAUUCAACUACUAUCGUGCCCUUGACAUAACUUGGGAGCUCACCGGGCCAUGGAGCAGAGCACAGAUCAAAGUUCCGACGAAAUUUAUAGUGGGGGAUUUGGAUUUGGUGUACAAUUUUCCAGGUGCAAAGGAGUAUAUCCACGGCGGCGGAUUCAAGAAGGACGUACCGCUUCUGGAAGAUGUGGUGGUGAUAGAAGGAGCAGCUCACUUCAUUAACCAAGAAAAACCCGAUGAAAUAAGUUCUCUCAUCUAUGAUUUCAUCACCAAAUUCUGAAUUUGUCAGUAUUCCUCAGCUUAUCCUUUCCAUUAUCGUUUCAUGUUAUUAGAUCUUCUUCUUCUUCUUUUCCAAUUUCAGCCAGUUUGUGGGUAGUUUGGCGAAGGGAAAUGUAAUAAAUGAAUCACAAUCGUCAGAAAAGUGGGUUAUUUAGUUUGAUGUUUACUGAACAUAAUCCAAUAAUAUUAUGAACAUAAUGGAAAGAUGA